CCGGCCGGGUACCAUCACGAGAGCGUACGUACAUACCCGGUCGUAUGAAAUUGUAAACACGACGGAAAACCUAUAUUUGCAACGAGAAUGCUACCUGGAAAUGGAUUUUAGUUCGCACGUGUCUAUGAAAAAUAAAUAUAGCAAACACUGUGCUGUGGAAGUUUUGGAGGCAUUGCACUUUUCUACGUAGCUUUUGAGUUGUAAAUGCCGAGUGUUACCAACACGCAACAAGAGGCCAUUGUUUAGAAAGCAUUGCCAUUGGACUCCAUCAGUCCAUGUGUUAACUGUAGCGUAGGCUGCGGAGCGCUUCUGAUCCAUAGUGCACGAUGUCGGGAAUUGAACUAAAACCGAUCUCGGAGUCAGCAGUUGGACGCCCAAACUUUCUGUUGCCGCUUGGCAAAACGGUUCUCGGAAGGGGUCCUGUUUUAGGGGUUUCUGACAAGAGGGUUUCAAGAAAUCAUGGCUUGGUCGAGGUUGAAGAUGGAAAACUCAAGAUUAUGUCUACACACACCAACCCCACCUUUUACCAGGCCAAGGGGACCUCCAAGCUCCUCCCCCUCUCCAAGGAUGUCUGGCAGUUUCUGGAGCACGGUGACAGGAUAGCACUCACCCCUGAUCAGCAUGUCUAUGAGGUGGUGAUAGACGAGAGACCUUAUAUCAAGAGCUCACAAAGCCUUGGUUCUUUGACUGACUCUCCGGUCAAGGAGUCUCCAAAGAAACCACAAAAACAGACUGAGGACGUAGAAGAGAACAGAGGACUGCAGGAAAAUAAUAGAAAGGAGAACUCAACAGGUGCUGAUGAAAAGAAUUGGUUGAACAAUUCCAACGGGGGGUCGAAGCAGACUGCAAAAGAUGAAGAAAAUGAGAACGAAAGAGACAGAACUAAAGACGACGAAAGCGAUGAUGCAGCGGAGAAACAGGAUGACGAGCUUCCAGUCACACAAAUACAGAACAAACGUGGUACAGUGACACUACCGGGCCAAAAGGAGAUGGCUCUUCCUUUGGAGAAAGAGCGGAAGCUACCGGAUUGGAUGACCCAACUUGGAGGAAGUUCAAGCACUGCAAAAGACAAACCUGCACAGAAAGAAGCCGGCAGGGGCAGGGGUAGGGGGAGGGGAAGACCAAAGGCUUCAAGCGCCACCGCUGCAGCAACACCUAAAGCCACCCCGAAAAGAAGCAAGAAGCUACCUUCAAUCAGCGACGAGGCCAGCGAGGAAGAAUACGCACCAGCCGUUGUCAAGAGAACACCCAGCAGGGGGAGAGGACGUCCCCGGGGAAGGGGAAAGGGGCGGGGGAGGCCCCAACAACGCCCGAGUGAUGACGAAGAAGAAGAACAGGUCAUCAGUGUGCCGGUCGAGGAGGAGAUUGCAGAGGAAGAAGGGCCCAAGAGAUGGGGUCACGGCAAGACCAGAGACCAGGCCGCAGUCAAGAGGAGAGCCAAGCUGGCCAUGGACUACUCAGAAGAUUUCAUGCCUAGUGAGGAAGAUGAAGAAGAUGAGGAGGAGCUACCUGUGCCGGAAGGAGACGAUGGGAGCGACUGGGAACCUGAGUCUCACAGUCCAAGAUUGACGAGAACGCCCUCAAAGGGGAAGAGAACUCCAGGACGAACUCCCGGAAGGACACCAGGAAGGAGAGCAGGGGGACGGAGGUACAGCAGACAGAGCUCAGACGAGGAAAGCGACUUAAGUGAAGAGGAAGUCUACAUCCCAAGACCAACCAAACGAUCUGGACGAGCCACCUCAAGCAGUCUAGAGAUCGAUUCACAAGACAUGCCGGUAAAGAGAUCUAAGAAGACAGACAACGGGAAGAAGAAACGAGAGCUCUGUCAGUUUGGCAAGAAAUGCUAUCGGAAAAAUCCCCAGCACAAAGAGGAAUUUGCUCAUCCGGGAGAUUCUGACUAUGAGUCGGAAAGAUCUGACGAUGGUGCUGAUGAUGAUGAUGAUGAUGAUGAAAAAGAGGAAUGCCCAUUUGGAACAAACUGCUAUAGGAAAAACAGGAGGCAUUUAGAACAAUACAAGCACACCAAGGCGCCUGGCCGGCCAAAGAGACAAGCUGCAAGGAAGAUAGCAACGCUUGCGGAUGGUGACAGUGAUGAUGACGGUGAGGCCAACACCUACGACUAUGGUGACAGCUUCAUUGACGACGGGACCCAAGAAGCGGGCAAAGCGUCUGAUCCCGAGUCCGACGAUUGGACACCAGGAGCUAAGGAUGAUGACGACUGAAAUCUGGAAACUCUUUUUCGUCCAAGAUUAGAAGAUGCAGACUGAAUCCAAAGUUGAGUUACGUCACAGAGCUGUAGUUCAGUCCCCAGAAGUAGAGUUGAAAUUGAAUCAGCACAAGUCACUUAUCACAAGUCAGGUCGGGGAAUAAACAAAGACAAAUGAUUGAAUCAAAUUUGGUUUUGCCUUUCUCCGACGUUUAAACACUGUAU